AUGCGCGGACUGCAGAGCCUGGAACGACUCCCGCUCGAGCAACUCGUCGAAUACUCCCGACGGUCAUCGCGCAACUCCUCCUGGUCGUCCCUCCCGUCCCGAGCGCACUCGCCGUCCGCGUACUCGCCGCUCAGCGACCGCACUCUCGCCAACAGCCCGACGUCGGACGACGGCAAGUUCGCGUGGAAUCCGCAUCGCUGGGGCAAAGACGAGGUCGGCGAGGACGACUGGGAGGGCCGAGGGGCUCGCAUGGGACCGGGCGAGGGCACCGUGAAGGAGCGAUGGAUGGCCUGGCUCGCUGGGCGGAGAUCCCGACGCCUGGUGGCCGUCGUGACAGUCGCCGUCGUCCUCAUCUUCGGGACGCUCGCUUCGACGCACGACACCCCCCUCCGACCGGUCGUCCAGGCCGGCGCCGCUCGCACGUCGAGCGUCCUCUCCGCGGCGUCAAAGAGCGUCUCGAGCUGGUUCUACCGGAACCGCAAGACGGGCGAGUGGGAACGGCCCUUCAUCGUCGAGUGGGAUGGCAACGUUACUUUCGAGCGCUAUCUCCGCGACCUUGACUUCAUCCCCUUCCCCAUGCCUCUCUCGCCUUCACUCUACGCAACGGGCAAGGCACGCGAAGCGCGGAACGAGAAGCUCCCGCACCGCUCGUACACGGCCGGCAGCGAACGCAACGCCGUCUUCCUCACCCUCGCAACCGCCAAAUACGUCCCGUCGAUCCAGCUUUGGGCAGCACGAGCGAAUGAUCUCGGCCUCCCCAGCGACAACGUCGUCGUCAUCUGCCUCGACGACGAGUGCCUCGUCGACUGCGAGAAGCGCGGCGUUCGCGCGUACGGCGGCUUCCGCCAGUCGGUCUACGGGCACAAGGUGCCCGAGAUCGGCGUUGGAGGUGGAGUUCCCGACCUGAGGCGUCGCUCCCUCGACCUGGCGGGCAAGGAGGAGCACCGUUUUGCGCGCGUCAAGCGCGAAGGCUUUGCUGGCGGUCUCGAGCGUCGCCCGCUCAUGCAAUACGUCAAGUUCCGCGCGCUGUACGAGCUCAACGCCGCCGGGUUUGCCAGUCUCUUCUUCGAAGCCGACACGACCUUGACGACCGACAUCUUCAAGUUCAUGCGCCCUCUCACCCUCACCUUUGGCGACCUCCAGCAACCGUUCGACCUGCUCAACUCGACGCUCGAAGACCGUCGCAUGCGACCUUCACCCUACGCCCACACCCCUCCGCUCAACAUGAAGCUUUCCGCCUCGACCCUCGUCGACCCCGGCUGGGACCUCAUUUUCACCCAAGACGGCCUUCACUUUGUCAACUUUGGCUGGAUCCUCUCUCGUCCUACGCCCGCGACGAUCGCCUUCUGGCGCAAGUGCUUGACGACGUACGUCGCGCGCGGAGGAUGGGACCAAGGACUCGUUACGGAGGUCAUUCGCGAGUCGGGGUGGUCGAUGGAUUGGAGGCGCGGGUGGUGGGAAGAACCGUCGAAGGACCUCGGGUUCCAGAACAAGGAGGACGUGUCCAAGUUGACGGGCGUGUUCGAGCCUCAGAAGCAAGAGUACCUCGAGCAGUGGCACUUUGCCAAUGACUUGACGGGGAUCCAGCCGCGUGAGGGUUUGCGCAUCGCACUCUUGCCGCUCAAGAAGUUCUUCGCAUACCACUGGUGGCUCGCGCGACACUUUGAUCCGGCUGCAGACAUGGUCGACCCGAUCGUUCACCACCUCACCUUUGUCGAGUUCCCUAUCCGCCAGUACUGGCCGAAGGAACGCGGCUGGCACGCCGACAUCAACGGCUACUAUUCCCGCCCUCGCCCGAUCCUCGUCCCCAUCAACGCCACGCUCACUCCUCGCGACCGUUCGACCGGCCCCGAUCCCGUCAUGCAGUACUCGUCGGACAACCCCCGCGGCACCUUCUACUACGAGGACGCGCCCGACUUCCCGGAGUCGACCUUCGUCGGCUACAUGCACGAAGUCCUGCACUACUGGCGCAUCAUGCAGCUCCUCGCGGCUGUCGGUGACCAUCCUCGUGCAGUCGCUGCCGAGUCGGCGUCGAGCCUGGCGAAGCGGACGGCGACGAGCGGCGAAGGGAGGGCUUGGUCCGUCAUGCUGCCGAAGGAGGCGGGCAUUCGCGAGCACCACAACCCGCCCAUCUGGGCUUGGUGGAGCAGGAUUGUCGAUGUCUCAAACGCUGUCACUGCCGAUCUCGACAUCCUCGAACCCGCCUUCUUCACCCACAGUUCACCUUACCUCGCGCCCGCCGACCGCGAAGAAUGGCAGUCGAACCGCAUCCGCGUCUCCCUCGCCGACUACGACUCUCUCCCCGCCCUCAUUGACUCCCUCCGCGACAUCCUCGAGCCGUACAGCCCAGCUCCAACCGCAUACUCCGAGCGCGGGUUCUUCUCGUGGAUGUCGUCCUCCUCGUCCGAGGUCGACGCGCCUCCCAUGGGCGUCAUCGUCGAGCUCACCGACUGGGACGCAACGCUCAACUGGAAGCUUGACGACCUCUCUGCUUCGGAGCGGGCGCCGGACGUCAAGUUCAAGGAGUGGGAGGACCUCAAGAGGACUCGUCACUGCCAGAAGUGGUGGGAGCCUCUAAUCCCCGGUGGAUGGUGCACACCGCAGGAGUGA